AACAAACCAGCACUGGAACCGGUUCAGGCAAGCCAAGUCUUGUCCUAAGACACUUCCUUGUUCCACCUGCGUUAACAACACUGCAGGUAUUUUAACACAAGACACACAGACUGAUAAGACUUCUCCCGGGACGACAGUGUUCUGAAUGUUAAAACAUACUUUUCUGGGAACCUGUACCACCGAGACCUGAUGUCAGGAAUCACCUGUCCAGAAACUGACACAUUUAUUCGUGAGAAGUUCUUCCCACGGUAACGUGAUGGCAGCAGGGGCACCUUUCCGACUUGCAGAAGAACUCCGCAUUGUGGUGCUUGGAAAGAGCCAGAACAAAAGAUGUUUACUGACUAACUUCAUAGCGGGGAAAAACGUACUCACAGAGACAGCAGGUCUACUUCUCCGGAAAAUCUCAAGACAAUCUACAGUUGAACAUGGAACAUGGUAUAAAACGAAAUUAACUGUAGUAAACACACCAGACUUACUUGUUUCAAGACUGUCUGAUGAUAAAGUGAAACUUGAAAUGAAGAAGUGUGUGGCUCUCUGCCACCCUGGACCGAAUGUUCUGCUGCUCUUAGUGAGUCCUUCUGAUUUCACUGAACAAGACAGACAAAGACUUGGGUUCAUCCUGAGUUUCUUUGGUCAAGAAUCAUUUAAACACGCAAUUGUUAUCUUGACGCAUGGUGAGGAGGAGAUUACUUCCCCCGUCAACAAACUCAUCCAAGACUGUGGACACAGGCAGCAAACCAUCAACUUUGAGCGGAAAGAUCAAUGUGUUCUUCAAGAACUGAUUAAGAAGAUGGACAAAAUCCUGAGUGACAACAAACGAGGCCAUCUAAACUUUACAGAAAUGGGUGACCCCACCACAGCUCCUGUAACUUUUAAACCUCCUCUCAACUUAGGGCUGCAUGGGAAACAUGGAGUAUCAAAUACUUCUGCAGCCAAUGCCAUCCCUGCAACUUGUAAACCUCCUCUCAACUUAGUGCUGUAUGGGAGACAUGCAGUAUCAAAGACUUCUGCAGCCACUGCCAUUCUGGGUAGACAAAGGUUGGAUGCUUCUGCAGACUCAGGGUGUCUUAUGACUGAGGCAGAAGUGUUUGGACGUGUGGUGUCCCUGAUGGACCUACCUGUCUUGUCUGGAAGACCCCAAGAAGCAGUAAAGGAGAUACACAACUGUGUGUCCCGCUGGAAGCCUGAAGGCAUCCAUGCUUUCAUCCUGGUUUUACCAGUGGGUCCAAUAGGUGAGAAAGAUAAGAUGGAGUUACAAGCCAUCCAGCACACAUUCAGCCCCCGAGCCAAUGACUUCACCAUGAUUCUGUUACCUGUGGAGUCUGAUCCUACAGAUCCAGACAAUGUUAGGUUUGUGAAAGGAAAUAAAAACGUUCAAGACCUCUGUCGGGGGUGUGGAGGCCGUUAUACUAUCUUCAACAUCAACAACAGACAUCAGGUCUCUGACUUGCUGCAUACCGUGGAAAAGAUGACAGAUAUGGGAUCUCGAUGCUUAACAAUGCAAAUGACUGAAAAACCACGAUGGACAAAGGACUUGAAACUGAACUUUUCCCAGAAGUCAGCAGAUCCUAAACAGCAGACCAGAGAACCUCUGAGGAUGGUGAUGAUUGGGAAGACUGGCUGUGGGAAGAGCGCCACGGGAAACACCAUUUUGAGAAAGAGUAGCUUUCAUUCGAGAGCUUCCAUGAAGUCAGUGACCACAAAAUGCCACAAAGAAACAGGAAACAUUGCUGGACGGCCAGUAGCUGUGGUGGACACGCCUGGCUUGUUCGACACAAAUCUGUCCAAUGAUGAAGUCAAGCAGGAGCUUGUGAAAUGCAUCAGUCUCUUGGCUCCUGGACCACACGUUUUCUUACUGGUGCUUCAGAUCGGUCGCUUCACGCAGGAGGAAAAAGACACUGUGGAGCUCAUCAAACAGUUUUUUGGCAAAAGAUCACAAAACUACAUCAUCAUUGUUUUCACCAGAGGAGACGAUCUUCAAGAUCAGACCAUGGAGAGUUACAUGAACGACUACAGUGAUGACUUCAUCAGAAAGCUGGUUGAGGACUGUGGAGGUCGAUACCACGUCAUGAAUAACAGAGAUCUUGGGAAUCAUACACAGGUCACCCAGCUAUUGAAGAAAGUAGACCAAAUGGUAAAGAACAACGGCAGCAGCUACUACACUACAGACGUGUUCCAAGAAGCUGAGACCGCCAUUCAACAAGAAGUGAAGAGGAUCCUGAAGGAGAAAGAAGAGGAAAUGGAGAGGCAGAAGCAAGAACUACUUCAUAAACAUCAACAAGAAAUCAGAGCAAAGAUGAAGAGGAUCGAAGAAGAAAGCUCAAAAAGAGAAAAAGCACUCAAGGAGAAGGAGGAGUACAUUCGUCAAGAGGAACGGAAAAGAAAGAGAGAAGAGGAUAUGAGAGCAAAGGAGGAGAUUGAUCGAAAAAGACGUGAAGAAUAUCAGCGGCACGAGUGGGAAGAAAAACUUAAAGUUCUGGAGAACAAAAUACAAUCUGAAUGUGAAAGAAAUGCAUCUAGAGAUCUCAUGAUGAACAGAGAAGAGAUGAAACAAAAACGAGGGGUUUGGGAAGAGGAGCGUAAGGAAUGGUGGGGAAAUCGACAAACAGAGGAACAACUGAGACAAGAUGAACAUAAAUGGCUUCAAAAGAUGAGAGAAGAAUAUGAGCAGGAAAUAAAAGAAGAAAGUCGACUCAAAAGAGAACGAGACGAAAAGGAACGGAGAGAGACACAGGAAAUCUAUGAGACAAUACUGGAAGAAACGCAAAAUAGAACUCAAGUAGAGGUCAGAAAACAAGCUGAACAAUUCAAUGACUUUAGAGAGAAAUAUACACGCGAAUUUGCAACUCUGACGAGUAAACAUAACAAAGAAAUGGAAGACAUGAAGGUAAAACAACAAAGGAAGAAGGACAUCAUGCUGGAACACAUGCUGAAGAAAAAAGCACACAGGAAAGACUUUGAGAAAGUGAGGAUAAGACAACAAGAAGAACUGGAGGAUCUCAUACACAAUGUUUCUGUAGAGGAAGAAAUAAAACAACUACAGAUCAAACAUGACGAAGAGGUCAGCGACUGGAUAGAGGAAAAGGCACUGGGAGAUACAGGCGAUGGCUCAUGCUCCAUCUUAUAAGACAACCUCGUUGACCUGAACGCGACAGCAGCAAGGCUUUGGUUCAGUCAUCUUAAAAAAGUGGUUUCAAAGACUUAAGACAAAUAUAUUGCUCUGGGUUCAAGGCUCAGAUUGUGGUUUCCUGAGGCUUUUCGGGACUUUUACUCUGUUUAUAUAUCUUUUAAUGACCUUCCAAAUCAUUCUGCGGUAAUUCAGUCAAUCACUGUUUUUCUUUAAAGUAAAUUAAUACAAAAAUGAUAUGUAAUAAGAUGAGAUAUACAUAUUUUGAUUUGAUUUUGAAAAUAGGCAUUUAUGA